AUGACUCGGGGCCUUAGUUUCCAUGGUAACUCGUAUAUAACGUUACCAAGGCUGCCGUUGUCGACACGAAAGUCUUUGGAGUUAUUGAUAUCUUUUAAGGCAAGCAGCAAGGAUGGAUUGCUGCUGUAUGGAGGGAGACAGUCUGGGAUGAAAGAUUUUCUUGCUGUUGGKCUUWCGAAUGGUUUUGUUGAAUUGAGAUUCAGUAACGGGGCCGACGAAGUAACACUUACCACACCAAACAGUGUCACUCUGGGUCAUUGGCAUCAAGUUGUGAUAUUUCGUGACCAGCGUGACGGUUACAUCACUCUUGACUACGUUCAGCUUGUCAGCGGCUCCUCCAAAAAGAAUAAGAGGCUGUUGAACUUGAAUACGCCUCUUUACCUCGGUGGUCUGCCUCGAUAUGAUGUAACUAAUGUCCCGUAUGCUCAUGGUUUCCAUGGAUGCGUSAAAGAACUGGUUAUCGACAACAAGAAAGUCGAUCUCAGACUUCCUGGAGGAKCUGCUAAACGCAGUAAAAAUAUUGAGGAAUGUCAGAACUCAAUUGAAUGUCAAUGUGAGAACGGCGGURUCUGUCAAGUAACACGACAAGGUGAACCUCUAUGCGCAUGUCCGUUAGGUACCGCUGGUCAGUACUGCCAACAUGAGGUCACUCUAAAAAUGCCAUCAUUUAAUGGACGAUCGCACCUCUCCUACCCCUCYUUGGGAGAUGCUGCUUCCAAGUCUUUCACAAUCAGCCUAACGCUAAAGCCGUCGUAUGAAACAGGACUCAUCCUCUUGAAURCUGACAGAGCUAAAGAACAAGGUGACUUUUUCUCCUUGUCGAUAAGGGADGGGAGGGUAGAGUUCCUGUUUGAUUGUGGAUCUGGGCCAGCAAUCAUCAGGAGCAAAGAACCAAUCAGCAUUGACUACUGGCACACCAUAACAAUAUGGAGAAGCGGAAGUAAAGGAAGUCUAAAAGUAGAUGAUGGGAUGCCUGUGUUCGGAGAAUCACUUGGUCACCUUCGUCAUAUAAGUCUUCGUCGGAAUUUUUUUAUUGGUGGGAUAGAAGACUACAAGUAUCAACCCUAUCUGGUGGAUAUGAAGUCGGGCUUUGUUGGCUGUAUUCAAAAGGUGACAGUCAACUCUCUCCCACUAGAUCUCGCCACGCCACUUUCUGGUUGGAACAUCAAGAACUGUGACCAUGCGUGYRUCACGCAAUCUAUAUGUCAAAAUGGCGGAAAGUGUCACGCYRAGAUGAAUGACUUUCAAUGUCAGUGUCCUAUUGGCUACACGGGAACAUAUUGCAGCUUACGAAUGGAUAUAAAGAUGCCSUUAUUCCGAGAACAAUCUUACCUUACCUACYCWUCCCUCGGUGYUAAAGCAUACGACGCCUUUACUCUAACAGUAGUACUAAGACCUAUGAAAAGCACAGGUUUGGUACUGUACAAUGGGAGAGCUAGCGGUAGUUACGGCGAUUACGUAUCUCUUGCGUUGCGUAACGGGUUUGUGGAGUUUGUAUUCGACUGCGGUUCAGGGGCAGCAAUUYUAAGGAGCAAAUCGAAGAUCCUAGUUGGUCAGUGGCAUACCAUCACCAUCUCAAGAAGCGGUAGAAAAGGAAGACUUAAAUUGGAUGACGGGAACCCUGUGUUUGGUGAAUCACCUGGCUACUUUCGUCACGUGACACUUAAAGAGGAUUUGUUUCUUGGUGGAAUGAAAGAUUUUUCGAAGCAACCGCUUCCCGUUGGCGUUAGAACAGGAUUUGCUGGAUGCAUACAAAAGGUUUCUGUCAACAACAAUCUACUUCUUCUCUCAUCGCCUCGAUCUGGUGUAAAUGUUCAAAACUGUGAUCACGUGUGUGUCGCGCAUUACGUGUGCAUGAAUGGCGGAACGUGUCACGCCGAGAUGGAUAAUUUCAAAUGUCGAUGUGCCGAAGGAUAUGCGGGAAUGAUGUGCGAUAGAGUGGUCAAAGUAAGCAGUCACUAUUUUGAUGGGRAUUCAUUUGUCGCUAUUACAAAGAAAAAGAUUAUGAGAAGGAUUUCUGGACCAGCAACAGAUGUGCGACUUUGGAUAAAAACUUUGUCGGAAAAUGGACUUCUAAUUUUUGUUCAUCAGCCAAAAUCUCCAUACAAGAAUUACUUAAUGGUCUUAGUCAAUCAUGGAUUUAUCCAAGUUAGAUACAAGAAAGGAAAUGAAGAAACUAUAAUCAAAUCAAACCAUAAAGUUAACGACGAUCUUUGGCAUGAAAUUCACUUUUCAAGAACGCCAUCUUUGUGGAGCAUUAAUGUUGAUGAUAAGAAAACAGCGAAAAGAGUGAAACAAAAAGAAAAUUACGAUUUCUAUCGCGGCGAAAUGUUUAUUGGAGGAUUACCAAGUCACUCAAUCGACUGGCCAARCUUCAAGGGACAUAUAAAACGCCUUGUUAUUGGUGGAUAUAAAAUUGACGUCACAGAAGAGUCUAUCGACGUGGGAGCGAGGCGGUAUCGCACAUCAAUAUAAAAUAUUCCGUGAAAGAGUUAACAAGCUAAACUCUCACU